CAUAGUUUGCGUAAGGGCCCUCAAGUUAACUGCCAGGACCUCAAUGGGGAAACCCCCCUGCACUUUGCUGCCCUCAAUGACCAUAAAAAAGUGGUCGAAAUUCUGCUGAAGUUGCAGGCCUCAGCCAACAUAGCAGAUCAGAAGGGGUGUUACCCCUUGCACUUGGCAGCCUGGAGGGGUAACGCCGAAAUUUGUUACGUCCUAUUGACGCAAGGGCCAUCCAUUGCAUCUGUCAACGCGCAGGUUUUGUUUUAUGAUGAAUAA